AUGUUUAAAGGACGAGUUGUGUCACGGAAAUGAAGAGAAGCUCACUGAGAUACAGAAAAUGGCUGAUAUGUGUCACACAUAUUUGCUGGGAUCUAUAAUUGUCUUUUCUCUUCUCACAGGUGUGACUGAAGAGACUCGUGUGUUUAGCAGUUCAGGUGAAAAUGUCUCUCUGGCCUGUAUUAAUGCUCUUUCUGACUGCACCUCAACUUCAUGGAUCUACAACAAACAUAGAUCAUCAGCUGCAGUAGAACUGAUUGGUUUAGGAAUAAAGAAGAAAAACAUAGAGAGAGCUGAGAGACUGAGUCUGGGGUCUGACUGCUCUCUGAACAUCUAUAAAACAACAGAAGAUGAUCAUGGACUAUACACCUGCAGACAAUAUGUGAAUGGACAAAAACAUGGAACUGAUGCACAGAUUUUUCUACAUGUUCUUCAUCUCUCUCCAUCAUCCACACAGACUGAGAUGAGAUCAGGCAGCUCUGUGACUCUUACCUGUCAGUUGUUCACAUCUGAUAUCACUUGUGAUAGUUUGGUCCGUUCUGAGGAUGUAGAGCUUGUCUGGGUGAAUCAGGCUGAUGUUAAUCUACAGACAGACUCCAGAUAUCAGAUAUUAUCAUCAGGACAAUGUAACAAGACUCUGACUACAAUACUCCAGAAUGAAGACAACAACAGAGAGUUGAGAUGUCUGGUCCAAAUGAAGAAUGAGACUAAGACCUCUGUCAGCUUCACUGUCAAGUUUAAGGACCCCUCAACACCAGUGAUUGUGAUUUGUGCUGUGUUUGCUGCAUUAGCUGUUGUCAUUGCUGCUGUUCUUUGUAAAAAAAGAGCUGAUAACAGAAGAAAGACAGACAGCUCUGUGGUCACAGAUAAAAAUGACUAUAAAGGGACCUAUGAAACAAUCAACAUUUCAAAAAUGUCAAAAUCUCCUACACCAAGCACCAAUGAGCAAACCAACGAAGUGACUUAUUGUGAGAUUACUGCUACCAGUAAACAACAAAUGAAAAAGAACAAGGUUCAUUGUGAUGAUAAAGUGACUUAUGCCACCAUCAAAGGAGCAAAUGUUACACCGCAGGAUGACUUUUAUGCCUCUUUAAACUAAUAAACAUUACUGCAGGCAUCUUAUAUGACCUAAGAAUAUCAUGAGCAGAAAAAUAAGGACCAAAUAGUUGACUUGUACAGAUCCCAAGACAUGUAUAUACUGAAACCAUUUACCCACAUUAACCCAUCCUGAAACAAUUUUCACAAAUUCUUAAAAUAUAAUAAACAUUUUUCAGAACUGUAAAUAGAAACACACAUACAAGAUAUUCCCUGAUUAUAUUACACAAAGCCAAAUUUUAAAUAAAUACUUUAUAUGUGUUCAAUAAUUCUGAUUUGUUUUUAUAAAUGUGUAAUAUAUGAACAUAUGUAAUACACAUCUAUUUGACAAAUUUACUGUA